CAAUGGAUCUCUACUACCACAUCCGGUCACCGCCGUGUCAAUCGGUUGUGUUUCUUGCCAAACACAUGGGUCUCGAGUUAAACUACAAAACUAUCAACGUGUACGACCCAAACGAUUUGGAGAUACUGAAGAAGAUUAACCCGCAGCACACCAUUCCCACGCUAGUUGAUAACGGGCACUUGGUGUGGGAAUCGUAUGCUAUACUGAUCUACUUAGUGGAGAAAUAUGCCUUGGAUGAUAGCCUCUAUCCAUUUGAACCAACCGAACGUUCGGUGGUCAAUCAGCGACUUUUCUUCGACAUCGGAACACUCCACGGCAGCAUGAUGUCCUUCCUUUGGUUCUACAUCCGAAAACAGCCGGCCACGGACGAAGUGGUGACUAAAUUGAAGCGCGCCCUCGACCUAUUGAACACGUUUCUCCAGGAUCAUCCGUACGUGGCCGGGCAAAAGCUAACGAUCGCCGAUUUUCCUUUAUUCGUUAGUGUUUCUUCACUGAGUUGGGGUCAGUACGAUUUUACUCCCUAUCCCAGAAUAGAAAGUUGGGCAGCCAAGAUGGCGAAGCAUAUUCCCGAGCUAGAGACGAUGCGUAAAAAAGCAGACGAGGGAAUUAAAGCGUUGAUAGCAUCGAGAGCUGGUCAAAGCACAAAAUAA